AGGAGCCCCUCCCUGAGUGAAGGGAAAGUCCAGCUCACUUCGACCUGAGCGUCUCUCAGAGCAGCUGCUCGCUCCACAGCUCGUCUUCAUCGUCUUCAUCAUCUCCUCCCCCUCAUCAUGGCGGCCUCCUCCAAGUCGUCCCAGAAGGCCAAGAGUGUGGUCAUCGCCCUGCUGGCGCUGUGGUCCGUCAUCUCGCUGGUUGUCAUCGUGGUGUGGGCCACGUCUCCGGACCUGAAGAGCUCGGCCCAGUGUCGCGUCCUGCUGCAGGACACCAAGGAGAAGCUGGAGGGCGCCAAGGUGGUGUGGGCUGCGGACCGGGCGGCGCUGGAGGAGAAGGUGGUGGAGGAGCGGGACAAGCAGGCUCGCCUCACCGCCGACAACCUGCUGCUGCUGGGACGCCUCCACGCCACCAACGCCUCGCUGGAGGAGAGUCGGCAGCAGAACGUCGUCCUGAACGUGAACAUCAGCGUCCUACAGGAGGAGGUGGAGCAGCUGCGUCAGGCCGAGGUGAACCUCACAGCCCAGCUCGGCCUGAAGGAAGAUCACAUCGACGCCCUGCAGCAGAACCUGACCCAGGCCUCCCACCAGACCGAGUCCUGCUUCAGCCUGAAGGACGCCGCUCAGAGUCAGAUGGUGGCGGCUCAGACUCAGACCAGAGCCUGCCAGUCCAACCAGCAGUACCUUAACAAACAGCUUCAGAAGUGUAAAGCCGUAGACUCUCAGCAGACGUCACCUGAGGAGCACCAGACCCCCGACGAUGACAAGUCGGCGUCCCCGCCCCUCGCCGGCGUCCCCCUGCUGCCGCUGCUCGUCUACAUCGCUCUUCAUCUGAUGACCUGAGCUCAGUGUGAACUACGAGUACUGUGGUCCAGGAAAGGGGGCGGAGCCUGGGCGGACCUAAUGACUGCUGUACAAACUUCACGACAAACAGAUCGCCAUGGAGACGCUGACAUCACGCUGUUAUAUGAUUGGACACAAACUUUGUUUUAAGUGGACGAGUUGAGACAUUCACUGACCGUUGAGAGAAUCCGCUACCUGACCACUGUUUCCUCGACGCUUCACAGAAAGCCCCGUUUCUACUUCCUGAUGCUGCUGGUGUCCACUUCCUGAAUCUGAAUUCCACUUCCUUAAACUGGUUUCCACUUCCUGCUGCUGAAUCCCACUUCUUGCUGCUGGUUUCCACUUCCUGCUGCUGAAUCCCACUUCUUGAUGCUGGUUUCUACUUCCUGCUGCUGGUUUCCACUUCCUGCUGCUGAAUCCCACUUCUUGAUGCUGGUUUUUACUUCCUGCUGCUGGUUUCCACUUCCUGCUGCUGAAUCCCACUUUUUGCUGCUGGUUUCUACUUCCUGAUGCUGAAUUCCACUUCCUUAAUCUGGGUUCUAAUUCCUGCUGCUGGUUUCCACUUCUUGAUGCUGGUUUUUCUACUUCCUGCUGCUGGUUUCCACUUCCUGCUGGUUCCAACUGUUUAAAUCUGUAAAGAAAAGUCCUGCAUCAGAUUUUAGUCGCCUUCACUGAUCCUCAGGUUCAUUCGUACAUUAGAGUAAAACAUCGUCUUCCUUGGUGUCGUGGUUCUGUACAGAUUGAAGCUACAGGUUGUUAAGUUUAUUUCAUUCAGUGUCAAUAAUUUACACUCGCCGUUAUUAUUAUUCCAUCACAGGCUUCAUCAAUACACUGACAGUCACUCUUUAAUAAUUUAUUUCAGUCUCAUUUAUAUCAGUCUCAUUAUUCUCAUAUUUGAGCGUGUUGGUUGUGUAACAUGGUGGUGACAUCAACACGAGGUAUGGAUGAUUAUCAUAACAUGUACCUGAGCAUAUCACAGGUUUACAACAUGGAGACUUUUAAAAAAACAAGAUGGCGACACGUCUCUGUUGAUCCUCCAUCUUGUGCUGGUGACAUAAUGUGGAGUCAAACUGUGACCAAGGCCCCGCCCACAUACGCUCUGGACCAAUCCUGACUCAGUGUCAGCUGUCAAUCAUGAUGUCUCAUCAAAUAACCAAUGAAAAGCAAAGAUACCAGAGACAGAAACAUGUGAACAAACAUCAGUGUGAUAAGAACUGUCAUGUGAGGUACUCUGUUACUAAGCAACCAGCUGCAAGAGGAGACAAUAUACUUCCUGUUUACACCUGGGUGGUCAUGUGACACGUGUCUUCAGGUGCGUCAGGUUUAGAACCAGCGUCUGAGUGAAGGGACGUGAACAACACUCGUGAAGCCUGUGAGGACAAAGCGUGACGAUGAGAUGAAUAGAAUCUAAAACCUGAUGGAGGAUUUUAAAACGAUGCUGGUCAGUUCCCCUGAUCCAAGUGUGUGAAUGGAUUUUUAUUCUUCUGUGUUUUUGUUACUUUUCAUGACGUUUAACAGACGAAAAAGUCGCAGCUUGAAGCUCCGUUAACCUGAAGCUGUUUGUUCCGUGACAUUAAUAAACAUGAGGAGUUUGUAACA